CUUUUUCAUCGCAGGCGUCGACCAUGACGGUCUUCGCGCGUUCACCGAAUCCGCGCACCAGCAGAUGCUGCAGCAUGUCAAACAGCAACAACAACAACAACAGCAGCAGCAGCAGCAGCAGCAGAAGACCGACCGCGACCCGCUGACACUUACCAGAUCCGCAGGUCAUGUGCGCGAUCGGUCGUCGGUUGAUUUGAAAACAGUGCAGGACGUCAUUCAGGAAGAUGUCGUGAAGCAGAGUCCUGAGCAGCUAGCUUCUGCAUCUCUCCCUGAUUCGGCGGGAGAAAGCUCACAGCCUUCUCCUGCGCUCGAGAGCAACAAUUUAGAAAAGAAGAUGGAAAACGAAAGUCUGCCGACUUCUCUCUCGCCAUCGCUCUCGCCUACAGUGUCCGCAUCCAUAACCGCAAACCAACGCGUCGCCGCACUAAACACAGCUGCAGAAGCUAUCCUCGCAAAGAAAACGACCUCGCCAAAACUCCCUCCCGGCUCAACAUCUCCCGCGACAACCCCACUAACCUCCUCCCCCGCCACCCCCUCCUCCACCUUCUCCUCCUCGCCCUCGUCCCCCCUCCGCCGCUCUCCCGCAACCCGCCGCAUGAACGCCAAACCCCGGCACCCCGCCUCCCCCGCGCUCUCCGACCCGCGCAGCCACGCGCGCAAGAUCUCAGACUACGAGUCCGUGAUCCCUGAUCCGGAGCCGAUCGCGUGGUCGCCAAACAUGCACCCGCUCGACCGCAAACUGGAUCCCGUGCUGCUCGACGUAUAUCCGCGCGACGAGUCGCUCGCGCGCGAGAGAGGGAAUAUGCCGGUUUAUGUGCCGAUGUUUGCGUUUCCGAAUGAUGUGCAGGUUAAGCUUGCUGAUAAACGACCACGGAGUACAUGGCAUCACUUUGUCAUGACGAACCAAGACGGCGACAAACGGUACGGCACAUGCAUCACAGUCUGGCUACCAACGACCAAGAAAAUCGCCGACUCGAUCGAGAACCUGAGCAAGAUCUGGCGCACAAACUACAUGCCCGGCUCCGAGCGCGAGUUCGCCGCAAGCCUAACCGACCGGCUCGCGAGCGAGCGCGCAAAGCUCUCGGAGCUGCAGACGACGCUGGCGGAAGUGGCCGCCGACGCCGAGAUCUCGGUGCAGAGCCCGGACGAGCUCGCGGAGGAAAUCACAGAGACGGAGGAGCGGAUAAACAUGCUGAUCGCGCUCCUGAAACCGAUCCGUCUCGGCGCGGCGUCAGCGAUCCCCGGUGUCUCGGAAGAGUCGGGCAUGUGGGUACCCCGCGUGUACGGCUUACUUUCGCGCGACGAGAAUACGUGCGGGUUCAGGUUGGACUGGCUCAAGACUUUGGUCUACGGCGAGGCGGUCGCGAACGAAAAGAAGAUCAGCAGUUUGCCGUGGACGCAGCAUCGCGUGCCGAUGGAGUAUGCGGUCGCGCAGUUGCUCGGGAAUCCGCCUUUGAUUCAUCCGGGGGUGCAGCUGAAGGUUGAUAUCGGAUUAUUAACUCUAUAUGCGAGAAGCCAUGCCGAUAACGAGCUACCCGGAUCGCGAGAUACCGACCUCUACGCCCUCUUCCGCUGCCUGAGUAUAAAAUCCAUCGUCGAACUCUUUGAAGCCGUACUCGCCGAAUGCCGCAUCAUCUUUGUCUCCAGCGACCUAGGCAUGCUCACCCCCGCCGCCCGCGCAAUAAUUUCCCUCCUCUUCCCUCUCAAAUGGCAAUCGGUCUUCAUCCCCGUCCUACCCGCCCGUCUCGCGACCUGUCUCGAGAUGCCGGUUCCCUACAUCAUCGGCGUGCAUCGCUCAGGCGCCGAACUACCCCUUCCCGACGACGACUUUGUCCUCUGCGAUCUCGACGCCGACGCAAUCUUCUCGUCCUCGACGCCUCCACUCCUUCCAGUCCCAGUGCGGACAAAACUACAAACCCUACUCGCGCUCAGCGCGCCGCUACAUUCGGCCCCGUUCGACGUCGCCAGAGGCACGCCGCGGUACGUGUCUGAAACCUUCCCGAUGAACCAGCACGUACUCCCCGACCCGGCAAUCAUCUCCUCUGUCGCGCCGCCGUUGUCGCUGUUCAGGCUCGUGGCCGAGAGCUCGUCUGCGUACCAUAGUUUCGACACCGAGAUGCUGCGGUGGGCGCCGAUUAUGAAUGCAUGUGCGGCGAGUACUCGGGCGAAGCUGAGUAGGUCGCCGGCGGUAAAUAGCGGUUAUAAUCAGUACCCGCGACUUGGCGGUAAACGACCGCAAAGCGAACAACCACCACCACCACCACAACAACAACAACAGCAGCAGCAGCAGCAACCGCUUCCGAUCGCGAUGACGAAUCCGGGGCCGAAGAAAACGCACACGAGAAAAGCGAAUUCGGUAUUCAGUUUCGCGUCGACGCUGAGGUCAAAAGGAUCGAGCGAGUCGCCGACCACGAGUCCCGUGAAGAAACGACAGAGCGCGCCGUUGACAAUCACGCCAAUGUUUGAUUCCAGCGAGACACCUGCUGGUUCUGUAGACGGUGGUGAGAGUACUAGGGGAAACUCGCAAUCGGUGCCGUCGUCGGCGGCGGCGAGUCCGCGCUCGUUGUUGAGGAAUUCGACGUUUGGAAGUAUCGCGUCCGAGUCGUCGAGCGUCAGCCAUCGGAGUUCGUUGUCGUCAAUUACCACGAACGAGACCGAGACGGCUGUAGGUUCGUCGACGCCCGCGUCCCCAGCACUGCCCGCGAGCCGGUCACAGUCGCCUUCGGAACGGCCCGAGAGUCAGACCGUCGAAGGCCACUUCCUCUUCUCGCAGUCGUACUUUGACGAGCCGCCGGCGCAGGACGUGGUCUGUGUGAUUUGUCUGCAGAACGAGGUGCCGGACUCGCAGCUGUUGACGUGCAAGACGUGUAGACUGCAUGUGCACAGCGGCUGCGCAAAGAGUAUCGUUCUGCCGUGCACGCCGGCGACGUUCCAUCCGCACCGGGCGCGCGCGGCGUUCGUGCGCGCGAUGGCGGCGCUGCUGUCGGGAUAUCGCAAGCAUCUGGCUCCGGUUUCAAAGACCUCGCUUGAGAUAGAAGACGAUAGGCCGCCGCCGCUUUAUAAGUUCAAUCAGACCGAGUUUCUGGGGCGACUGCCGAAAGACCAUGUGCCGUACGUGCGAUUCCUGCUCUCGACGCAGGCAGGGGCGGAGUUUAUCGACGAAGUAGAGCAUCGUCCUCGUCCCGAGCAACAGGAUCAUCGCAACAAUAGCAGCAGCGGUAAAAACAUGUUUGGCAACCCGGUCACCAAACUCGACCGCAUCGGUGUGUUCGACGCAAUAGUCGAGGCACGUCGCAAGCGCGGCCUGAAGGGGCGCGUGCGGGGAGGCACGGCUGGUGGCAGCGAGUCUGCGGAAGUACUGGGCGAGCAACCGCCCGGAUCAUGGCGCACGGUCGAGGUGCCGAUGGUGGGCUCGAGUCAAGGAUAUGCGUCUGCGGUGGAUGCGAUGGCGCGGUCUGCGCCGACGGGGCGGUGGCCUGCGAGGUUGGACGCGGACGUGCUGGAGACUUGUGGGGGUACGGCAUCUACGAACGGGCAGGCGAGUUUGGGACUGGGUAUUGUUUUGUAGACAUUGCAUUAGACUAUUAGGCUAGCUACUUAGACUUUAAAAACACAAGAUAUCAGAACAUCUCAUCAGAGCAAAUAAAGAAGGUAGAAGAGUACAC